AUGGCAACCUACGCUCAGUUCAAGCACGUAGAGCUCUACAAAAUCGGGCACGGAAAGAACAGGGUGCCGAACGCCCCUAAGAGCUGCAUUGCCGAGAUCUUUAACGCGGAUCAAGUGGAUGGAAGCCCAGUGAAGAACGGUGCGGCCAAGCCCCGUGUAGUGCGUGACACGCCGACCCGUCCCCGUGACACUCACUCCAGGCUUUUUGGUCAAAUACGAGCCGCCAACAACCAUGUCUCUCCGAUGGUAACUGAUACGAUUCGCAGCAACAUUCACUUCGGCGAUAGCGAGAUGAACGGUGGUUCUCCGACAAACUCACCGUCCAAGAUGGCCAACGGGAGCGCCACUUCUACUCCCAGCCGAGCUUCAUACACUCCACCGAAGAGGAAUCCAGUGACAGGCGAUGGAGUGGCCCUGUCGCUGCCUCGUCGCCGCCACCCUGCCGCCAGCCUGCGAGGUGCCGACCAAUACCCCGACGAUCCUUACCAUAAACUCCUGGAACCGCAGCCCACUCAUAGAUACAUCACAAAAGACUGGCCUCCCAAACCAGCUGAUUACUAUGUAGAAUCUGCUACCAAGCCUAGUACACGCACCAGACAGACACCGUACACUCUUCUUGGUUUAGAAACCGAUGAUCUAAACAAUGCUCAACAUAUUAUAGAUCCUGAUUCGUUCUCCCCACAACCAGUUUUGGACAAGCACUGGCCACCAUUUCCAGCUCAACAUUAUUUAGAACCAAAAGAACCAAAAAAUACAUAUCAUCCCUUGCCCCCUUAUGCGUUCGUGGGAAUGCACUCUGCUCUUGGUGAAAGACCCAAGCCAGAUUAUAAGUACGACUCAGUAGCUGCAUUGGGAGGCCCAAUUGAUCCGUUUCUGAUAGCGCAUACAGAUCCUCCGCCUACUCUUUUUAAAUACGAGCGCGAUGGCCCUAUUCCUGAUGUGAUGCCAAUACAGACACCUCUAGCGCCUGGUCCUAAUACUCUGACCGGUUUCCCUCCUAUAUUUCACAAACACGUUCCUGGCUACCUUUUUGACCGUAAUCGGCAUGCUGAAGACUUCAAACCUAAGACGUACUUUGUAGACUAUGUUCGCCGAAGAGAAAUGGAAGGUAACCCAAUUACCGGAGACGGCUACAAAUCAAUGAACGGCCAGAUCAACACGGUGACGUCAGUAAAUGGUGCAAGCCUCAUGAACCACCACAACAGCCGCGUGCCGCCCGGUGGCUAUUCCUCCGGGCUCUGGUAG